AUGGCGAAGCUGCUGGCGGCCGGCGUCGCGUUCCUCCUGGCCCUCGCCGCAGCGGCGGCGCUGGCCCCGUCUCCGGCCUCGGCCUUGAAGGGCGCCGGCGGGCUAGGCCUCGGCGGCGCGGCUGCGGCCGUGGUUAUGCGGCGGGGCGGGCGGACGUGCCGGGGCACGGUGGGCGAGUGCAUGGAGUACUUCGGCGUGGACGGCGAGGGCGAGAGCGAGGUGGCGGCGAUGGCCGGCAAGCGGCGGGUGCUGCAGGACGGGUCCGGGUACAUCGGCUACGACGCGCUGCGGCGGGACAACGUGCCGUGCUCGCAGCGCGGUGCCUCCUACUACAACUGCCAGCCCGGAGCCGAGGCCAACCCCUACUCCCGCGGAUGCAGCGCCAUCACCCAGUGCAGGGGCUGA